CUCGACCGGUCUCUGCUCUUCUUUGUUCUUCCAUGCCUCCUCUCAUAACCUCGCCCUCACGCCAACCCUCGUCAUCGAGCCAGCCCCUUCCUCCCUCGCCUUCGGUUUUGAAAUCUGCGGCCGACCGCUACGCGUCCGUCGCCUCCGGCAUGGUCAUCUCGCCGGAGUCUCCCUCCAGGCUCCCGAAUCCCAGCCAGGAAACGGCGGCAGCCACCGAAUCGCCGCUUUCUCGCCGAGGGACACAGGGGAGCCUCCUGCAGGAUCUGUCCUUCCAGAUCUUCAAGGCGUGGGGCCGCCAUCGGUUGGUUCACAGCAUGGGAAAGGAAGACGCCGUCGCCGCCGGCGAAUGGAGAUCGUCGGCUCCGUCGGAGUCUGCGUGCCCGCGGAUCCGUUUCCCGGAUAGCGGCCGUGGCGAUGGAGAUGACUCUGGGGUCGAGGAUGUCAGGGAGCGCUUGCUGGUUCACCUCCGCGAGGCGGCGGACCGGAUGAAGUUGGUGCUGCCCAAGGACUGCGACGAGGCUGAGCCGGCUCCGGUACCGGAGUCUGCGCCCGAUCUUAAGGCUUUCGACGGCUACAAGGCGCUACCCUGGAACCUGAGGACGCGGCGCGGGGCGUCUAGGGAGAUCGAGCGGUGCCGGAGCGGUUCGCCGGCGCCGACACCACCGGCGGUAGAGAAGAGGACGGUCCGGCUCAGGUCGAAGGACUCUAAGAGAAAGGAGCGACCUAGGUUCUCGAUCUCGCUCACGAAGGAGGAGAUCGACGAGGACAUCUACGCCGUGACCGGGUGCAGGGCUCGUCGCCGGCCAAGGAAGCGGCCGAGGGUCAUCCAAAAGCAGCUAGAGGCGCUAUUCCCCGGCUCGUGGCUUACGGAGAUCACCGCCGAUACCUACAAGGUACCAGAAUAGCGGUAAUCGUACCGCGAGGGACGCGACGCAUCUAACUCCGUAUCGUCCAGCCAUGGGUUUCUCCUGCAGCAGGCAACAGCAGUAAGCAGAAGAAAUCAUCCUUUACUUCGACCUCGAUACUUGAACAUCGUAGAACACCCUCAUUGCGUCAAAAAUUCGUCCUGUAAUCGCCCUGUUUUAAGAGUCCAAUUUUCGCUCAGUUCCAAAAGAGAUCGAUCGAUCGAUCCACGAACAAUUGAUGAGCCUUGUUUCAAUCAAAGCGCCAGCCACACUCUCU